GAGUAGAGCAAAUGCAAUACAGGGUCGAAGACUUUAAUGAAGGUAGGUAGUUUCCUAUGCUGUAUGUGAAUACAGAGGCCAAAGUCGUGUUUAGAUUUGAUACCAUUUUGUUGGUCUCCACUGAUAUUUUCGUUGCUUUUGGUUAGGAAUAAAUUCUGAUUCAUAUGUCAAAUAAUGCUCUUGGUUGAUCAUGACAAGUCUGCCGGCCCCUUAUUAAUAGCCAGUCGUUCCAGACUCAUCUUUAGCUUCACAACUCCAAAAAAAUAUCUCCCAUUUGAAGCUAUCAUCUUCUCUGGCUCUCUGCUUUCUUUACUUAUCUGGUCCAACAUCCAAACUUCCAGUCUGAUCUCAGGUCAAGUUAUCCGAAUUUUCGUUGCAUUUACUGAUCGUGUCGCCAUUUUGGAUCCGUAAAGAUCUAAUAGCAAAGCGAUCGAGAUUGAGAUCAGUUCAUCUGGGAGAAAAUGGUGAUGGAGCUAGGUGAGAUGGGAAGCUUCAUCAGGGUAUGGCUCUUUGUUUUCUUAUCUCUAUGCUACUGCUAUGCAUUACCAAGGUUUGUGCCAAAAGGAGUUCCAAGACUCUUGUGUAUACUUCCAAUUGUGUGCCUCUUUCUAGACCUUCCUCUUCACCUGUCCUCCAUACAUCUUGGAGGCACCACUGCUUUCUUCAUUGCUUGGCUUGCCAACUUCAAGCUCUUGCUUUUCGCUUUCGGAAAAGGCCCUUUAUCUUCGGACCCUUCAAUCUCUCUUCCCCGUUUCAUCGCCGUCGCUUGCUUGCCGAUCAAGAUCCAACAAAGCCCGGUUCCAAAAUCCCAUGACCAAAAUGGCCACAACAAAGAAAAGCCAUUUCCAGGAAUGCCCAAAAAGGGCCAAAAAUCCCUCAUAAAUUACGCAACCAAGGGCCUACUUUUGGGUUUGUUGGUACGAGUAUAUAACUACAGUGAGCAUAUUCAUCCAAAGCUCCUAUGGGUCAUGUAUUGCUUCCACAUUUAUUUUGCAUUGGAAAUCAUCCUGGUUGUAGUUGCAACUGUGGUUCGACUUGUCAUGGGACUCGAACUCGAGCCACAGUUCAAUGAACCAUACCUUGCAUCUUCGCUCCAAGACUUUUGGGGCCGAAGGUGGAACAUCAUGGUCACCAGCAUUCUCCGCCCCACCGUAUACGAGCCUGUUCUCACAGUGGCAACACGUGUAGUGGGGCGCAAAUGGGCCCCUCUACCGGCCGUAAUGGGGACUUUUGUGGUGUCGGCAAUCAUGCACGAGCUCAUAUUCUACUACCUUGGGCGUAUGAGUCCCACAUGGGAAGUUACCUGGUUCUUUCUCCUCCACGGGGGGUGUUUGGUGGUUGAGAUCGCCGUCAAGAAGGCAGUUGCUUCACGAAGGUUCCAGUUGCCUAGGCUGAUAUCGGGACCGUUGACGGUUGCAUUUGUGACGGCCACCGUGUUCUGGCUCUUCUUGCCUGCACUGCUCCGGUGUAAGGUGGAUGUGAGGGCGUUGGAGGAGUACGCCGCCGCCGGCACAUUUGUGAAGAAUGUAGGUCGUGCUUUCAUUUCUAACGUGAUGAAAUCCACGACAUAGCUUAAAUUUUGACACAAGUAGCAUAGAAAACAUACACACACGAGAGUGUACCUAACCAGCUGGCUCGCCUACAUGUAUGCCUUUCUUAAUCUGAUUUUGAUAUAUUCAAAUUUCUUCUCAA